AUGCCCCUCACCUCAGACUCGGAACCAACCAUGUACGGCGCCCACAAAUCGCUGCACUAUGGCGGCCGAACGAGCGGUGGCGCCAAGAUAAGUAAUACCAGCCACCUCGAGGUUGAAAAUAGCGUCCCUCGUCCCCCGAACGGCCGGUCUUCGUCGCCUUCGUCUAUUUCUUCUGCCAACAAUAACAGCGGCCCGACCUUGAACCACAAGAGCAGCCAUCAUGGUCUCAACGGCGGCAAGGGCAGCUCUUACAACAGUGGCCACCACAGUAACGGGUCCAACAUGUCGCUGCCUUCGGGUGGUCGCGCGACCUCUGCUGGGGCCACUGAGAGACCUCGGUCGGGUGCAUACGACCAGUCUGACUUCUCCAAUGGCGCGCACAGCUGGCCCAUUCUCUUUGCGGUGGUCCCUCCCCUGGGCGCACUUGUCUUUGGCAAGUCGGAUAUCUUUAGCGACAUGCUGACGUUGAUCCUGAUAGCCUUCUUCCUCUAUAACAUUAUCAAAGUGCCCUGGGAACUUUACUAUGCUGCCAGGACACGACGAGUGCUCCUCACAAAUGCAAGCGUCAAAGCUUCAUUGGACCCAGUCCUCGAGCAGCGACGACAGAGUGCCGCCGCCAGUCUCAAACGCCAAGAGUUCUUCUCACUCUUGCUGGUCCUUGCCUCACCCUUCCUCGGAGGAUACACGCUCCAGUAUCUCAAGACGUUCUUCUCGUCCUACGAAAACUACCUCUCUGCGCUGAACAUUGAGCUCUUCAUUGUUGCCUCGGGCAUCCGACCUCUUACCCACCUCAUCGGUCUCUUGAAGGCGCGCGCGUUGCAUUUGCAGGAGCAAGUCCACUACCCCGACGCGGAGGUCGAAUCGCUCAAGCGUAAAGUCGCGUCGAUCGAGGCAGAACUCACCCAACUUCGACGUGCCUUUGCCACCAAGCGGGAUGUUUUGCAGGUCCAGGACAGUGUCGAGCCCACGCUCCACCAACUCACCAAGCAGAUCAAGCGCCAUGACAAGAAGGAGGUCCAGCUCCGCUCCUAUGCCGAAGAGCGUUUUGCCAGCAUCGAUGAAAAGAUGCGCGAGUACGACACCUAUCUGACAUACCGCAUCACGGAGGAACAGCAUCGUUCGAGUCUUUUGUUCUUGCCCAUCAACAUCCUCGUCGCCAUGGUCGGUUAUUGCACUUUCUUCCUCCCCAACCGUCUGACUGGAUCCAAGCCGCAGCCCAUGCUCAAAGGCACACCCGUGCCAGCAGCCAUAAGUGAUGGCACCUCGAAUGAUACCAGCCACAUCCACCCCUCCAAGGCGGCUCACUAUCUUUCUGGUCGCCACCUACCCUCCCACAACCCCAUCACUUCCUCCCGCGAAACCGCUCGCUUGUACUAA